AGACUCAGAGAACCGAAGGAACCAAAUCCUGCAUUUUACUACAAAGCUCGUAUACACACACAAAGAUAUGGAAUUAAGAGCCCUUCUCUAUGUCCUCAUGUUUCUGCUCACUCUGUUCUUGUAUUUCAUCAAAACAAGAGACCACAAAGACCCCAACAAAAGAGGUAGGCUCCCUCCAGGUUCAAUGGGUUGGCCAUACAUAGGUGAAACACUUCACCUCUACUCACAAGACCCAAAUCUCUUCUUUGCAGCCAAACAAAAAAGGUAUGGAGAGAUUUUCAAGACACAUGUUUUGGGUUGUCCCUGUGUGAUGCUGGCUAGUCCUGAGGCUGCAAGGUUUGUCCUAGUGACACAAGCUCACUUGUUCAAGCCAACUUACCCGGAAAGCAAAGAGAAACUAAUCGGUCUGUCCGCGAUCUUUUUUCACCAAGGAGACUACCAUAUCCGGAUAAGAAAGCUGGUUCAGAGCUCCUUGUCACUUGAAGCAAUUAGAAAUCUGGUGGCAGAUAUUGAAGCCAUAACAGCCUCAGCCUUUGAUAAAUGGGAUGGUGGCCUUGUUGUAAAUACCUUUCAAGAAAUGAAGAAGAUUUCUUUUGAAGUGGGUAUACUUCUCAUCUUUGGUCAUCUAGAACCCCACUUUAAAGAGGAUCUGAAGAGAAACUAUAGCAUAGUUGAUAAAGGAUAUAAUUCCUUCCCUACAAACUUCCCAGGAAGUCCAUACAAAAAGGCUUUAUUGGCAAGACAGAGGCUAAGGAAGAUUUUGAGUGAGAGGAAGGAGAAGAAGUUCCUUGAGAAGGAACUGUUGGGAUGUCUAUUGAACUCCAAAGAUGAGAAAGGAGAAUCACUAACAGAAGAUCAAAUCGCGGAUAAUAUCAUCGGUGUUCUUUUCGCAGCGCAAGACACAACAGCCAGUGCCUUGACAUGGAUUGUCAAGUACCUUCAUGACAAUCCGAAACUUCUAGAGGCAGUCAAGGCUGAACAGAAGGCAAUUCGGAAAGUGAAUGGUGAAGGUAACAGGCCAUUGAGUUGGAGCCAAACAAGGAACAUGCCUCUAACUUCCAAGGUUAUUUUGGAGAGCUUGAGAAUGGCAAGCAUUAUAUCUUUCACCUUUAGAGAAGCAGUGGCUGAUGUUGAAUACAAGGGGUACCUUAUUCCAAAAGGUUGGAAGGUGAUGCCUCUGUUCAGGAACAUUCAUCACAAUCCAGCAUUUUUCAAUGAUCCUAAAAAAUUUGAUCCUUCAAGAUUUGAGGUUGCCCCAAAACCCAAUACAUUCAUGCCAUUUGGGAGUGGAGUACAUUCCUGCCCAGGAAAUGAACUUGCAAAGCUGGAAAUGCUUAUAGCAGUCCACCAUUUGGUCACCAACUUCAGGUGGGAAGUGGUGGGAUCUGAAAAUGGGAUUCAGUAUGGCCCAUUCCCAGUCCCUCUCCAUGGAUUACCAGCCAGAUUUUGGAAAGAAUCUACCAGCUCAAACGCAUUACCACCGCAUGAUGACUUGACCAUUUCCUACCCCUUGGCUUAGCUAGCUUCAAAUGAAAUUCACUUCUCUAUUUUUCACCAAUAUAUUAUUGUACUGGCUUUUCAUUUUCGGUUAAAAAAGCCAAACUUUUCUUUUCUUUUUUUCUUUUUCUUUCAAUUAUAGUCUCGAGAUUUGUCUAUCAAAACCCAUAUGGGGAUCCCAAUUAAGCCAUUUCUCAUUGUAAUUUCUAGAUGCAUAAUGUGCGUGCACUCAUCAAUAUAUAAAACAUUGUCAUUUGAAGAGGACGAA